UGCCAACAACAUGGGUGAUCGUGAUCCUAGGAUCUCAAUAAUGUUGGUUGCUCUCAUGAUUGCCCUAACCCUAGCCAUAACAUCACAAGUUUCAUAUGCCCAAAACUCACCCCAAGACUACCUCAAUGCUCACAAUGCAGCACGUGCCCAAGUUGGGGUUGCACCUAUGUGGUGGGAUUCAUCCCUUGCCGGUUAUGCACAAAACCAUGCUAACUCACUCAGAGACCGUUGCCAAUUGGUGCAUUCUGGUGGUCCUUAUGGUGAGAAUCUUGCAUGGAGCAGUGCCGAUCUCACCGGCACUGCUGCCGUGAAAUUGUGGGUGGACGAGAAGCAAUACUAUGACUAUAACUCUAACACCUGUGCUUCUGGCAAGGUUUGUGGCCAUUACACUCAGGUGGUUUGGCGCGACUCAGUUCGCCUUGGGUGCGCCAAGGUAAGGUGUAGCAAUGGCCAAAGCACCAUCAUUAGCUGCAACUAUGAUCCACCAGGCAACUUUAUUGAUCAGUGGCCUUAUGAUAUUAGUCCCUUCCAAGUGCCAUUAAGCUUCAAUAAGAACAAUAGUGGUUUGGAUGAGAAUUAAUACAUGUAUAUAUGUUCCGCUAUGCUCUCUCCUCCUUUAAAUUUCUCAUUGAAUGUUGAAUUAAUUAAAUAAACAUUUAAUUUUGGUUUUCAACCAAAAUUCCCUUGUGUAUGUACUUUGUUGUAUCA